GAGAAUUAAGGUGGGGAAUUGGCUAAGCAUUAAGUAUGUCAGGGAAAGAAAACAUCAAACCUAUGAUCCCCCAACAACCCCAAGCAUUGGAGCCAAUGCCCUUCACAAUGAUCAAGCAAGAAAAGAAUCCUGUUGUGCAGAAUUAUAGUGUUUUAUACAAUGUGCAGAUUGAAAUUGAAGAUGAUGCUACGCAUUCCAAAUGGCAUGAUUUACCCAUGGAGCUCGUUGUGCGCAUUCUUGUGCUUGCGGAUGACCGCUCUAUCAUUGUUUCCUUGGGUGUAUGCACUGGCUGGAGAGAUGUAAUCUGUGUUGGUGUUCAAGAUCUUUCACUCUCAUGGUGUAAGCGAAACAUGAGCAACUUGGUCAUGUCAAUUGUUCCUAGGUUCAACUGUUUGCAAUCUCUUAAUUUACGCCAGAAUCAACACCAACUCAAUAAACAAGCAAUAGAAAUAGUUGCAAAGCAUUGCCAUGAUUUGUGUGCUAUAGAUCUUUCAAACAACACACAACUAACAGAUAAAUCUCUAGAGGCAUUGGCACGUGGUUGUAGUCUACUAGAAAAGCUUAACAUGAGUGGAUGUUCUAGAGUCAGCGAUCAUGCACUUAUCUUUCUAUCAGAGCAGUGCAACAAAUUGAGGCAUCUAAAUUUGUGUGGCUGCAUUAGAGCUGCAUCUGACAGAGCUUUAUUGGAACUGGCUCAUAAUUGCUGCCACUUGCAAUCUUUGAAUCUGGGUUGGUGUGAGAUGGUUACUAAUGUUGGUGUUACAGGAUUGGCACAAUGUUGCCUUGAGUUAAGAGCUCUAGACCUGUGUGGUUAUGUGUUAAUAACAGAUCAAAGUGUUAUUGCAUUGGCUGGAAAUUGCCAUGACUUGAGAUCAUUGGGACUGUAUUACUCCCAAAACAUCACAGAUACUGCCAUGUACUCACUAGUAAAUAAUGCUACAAGCCGUGAUUACAUGGAAUCUGUUUUGAAUGACCAAGAAGAACAUGGUCUAGGGCAUUUAAACAUUAGCCAGUGUACAUCAUUAUCUGCACCAGCAGUUCAAGCUGUCUAUAAUACUUUCCCAGCAUUGCACACCUGGCAGAAAUAA